UUUCGUUUAAAAAAAACUUUUUAAUUUACAGUUUUCAGAUUUCUGCUCUGAUAGAUACACACACACACACACACACACACACACGAACAGACACAUGCACACACACAAGCACACGCAAACACGUACGCGCACACACAAACACAUACACACACACACACACAAACGCAUACACACGCACACAAACACACGCACUCACUCACUAACACACACACAAACCCACACUUACACAAACACACACUCACUCACUCACUCUCUAAGACACAAUCACGCACGCACACACACAGUUUUUCCCCUUUUCCGUUUCCCCCGGAAGCCCGUCCCUGUUAGCCGUUAGCCUGUUAGCUUGGUAGCCGGACGGUCGGAGGUGUAUCCGGGGGAGGACCGGAGCAGAAAACUCGGUGAGGGGAUGAAAUGAACCCAUCAGAGACCGGCAGAGGAGCGCGGUGACCGGGCAGUCAAUCUGCCGCCGACAGGAGCGGCUCACAGAGCGGGAAAGCUGCUGAAAAGAGCCGAAGAGAAGCCGAAAAACACCGAACCUCUCCCGACCGUCCUCCUCCUGCUGCUCCUGCUGCUCCUGCUGUCCCCCCUGCUCCUCCUCAGGCUGCUCCUUCUUCAUCUCUGACCAGCUGUCCUCACACUCUCUCAGGUGGUCUGUUUAGAUCCGCUCCUUUCUCUUUGAUUUCUGCCGUAAACACACACGAACAGCCGCCGUUGGCCUGCAGGUGUUUUGGGACUCUGUGUUACCGUUAUAUCAUUAGCCUACUAGCUUCAAAGCCCCAUUACUUUACACGGGAGAGCAGCUUACGUUAGCCUAGCCUCAGUUUGACUGAAGGAAUGUAAAAUGUUCAGAGAUGUUCACGGUUGAAAAUCUAAAAGCUUUCGUGUAUUAAAACUCUAUUACUGUUUAAACGUGUUUCUGAGCGAGUUUAAGGGAAAUUUAAAAGGGUUUUAGAGGUUUAAAAGUUAGCAGGAAAGCAGGAAGAGACAUAAGUUAACCGACAGUCCGAGUUUAUAAAGGAUGAGAUUAAAUUCAACACCACGAAAUAUUAAAAACACCGUUUACAUUACUUAGAGUUUAUGUUUAAUAUCAAUGUCAGAAUAUUUCAAACUAUCACAUCCAAAGAGGAGAAUACAGGUCAAAUAUGAAUAAAGCAGUAGUUUGUGUUUUGUUUAAAAUUUGUUUUCUUAGUUUUAAUUUGCUGUGAAAAGUUCAUUAGAAAGAUUUAAGGACAGAAAUAUUCAUUUGAAGACAAUAGUAAGUUUUUGUAAUGUGUUUUUUUUUUUUUUUUGUUAAUCAUCUGUCUGUCUGAUCCUCUCUCUCCACAGACGGCCAUGAAAUUUGACCUCACUCCCCCCUGUCCUUAGCCUACCUGUGUGUGUGUGUGUGUGUGUGUGUGUGUGUGUGUGUGUGUGUGUGUGUGUGUGUGUGAGAUCCAGGAUGGGGUUUGGUCGGGAUCUGAGGAACUCCCAUGAGGGUUUACUGAAGCUGCAGGACUGGGAGUUAAAGGUAAGGUGUUUUGACCUCAGCAGGGCGCCAUUUUCUCUUCUGCCGUGACCAUGUGUGGUGUCUGAAUGAAAGAGGAGAAAAUCAGCUGAUUCACGUGCACAAGGAACUGCUUUGGUCCGCCUCUCUUGAGAGUGUAGGGCGCAAUAUUUUUUUUCAUAGGAUGGUAGGGGAAGGUCCUGCCUCUUUUGUCUCUGAUUGGCUGUGAAACGUCAUCACACGCGCAAGCCAAGCGCGUGCUGUCGGAUCUGUACACCCAACAGAACAUUAUUGCAAUUCUGAAUCUCCUAACCCGACAGAUGAUGACAUUACACAACCAUAAGGAAUUACCAAUCAGAGCCCAGCACUUCUAGCCAAUCAGAGGAGAAGGAGGGCAGGACCUACCUCUACAAUCCUACGAAAAAAUCCUGCAUACAAGACUGAGGAAGCAUACUAAGCAUGCUCAGUGCAGAGCGCUUAUGCUGUGUUCCAGUUUCCUUGGAUGUCGGAGCAGGGAAUGAUGUUACACCCGAGUUGACGGUGUUUCAGUUAACAAGUCGGAAAACUAAGAUGGACGCCUACAGUUAGUUGUUGUUAGCUGUUGUUAGUUGUUGUUAGCUAUACCCAGUAUUUAACUCUUACAAACACCACAGCAGCCUGUUCACAGUUAGACGUUAGGCAGUACAACAUAAACCACUUAUUUAAUUUCACUAAAACAAACAGAAGUGCUAAUAAAUAAAACAUUACGAGAGCUUAUACUGUUACUCUUUACUGUUGAUGUACUGUGCUGCCAUCUUUGAUUAUAACGUUGUCGUCAAGGCGGGGUUGGUGAGGAUCGUCCAACUUACCAAGUAAAAAAUCCAAUUUGAGGGGGGCGAUCCAGAUGAAUUUCUGCCUCGGAGCUCGGAAAUUCCGACUUCUGAGUACAUCAGGAACGCAGUGUUACACUGACUGAACUCACUCGACUGUUGGGGUGAAAUGAGGCGGAGUCUGGUCCAUCUUUAGUUACUGGUCCUGAGUCUGGUCCAUCUUUAGGGGAGGGGUUUGACCUUAGUCACAUGACUGCAGGCACUCACCUGAUUUGCUCGCUAAGCUAACAGGGCAGCUAGUCAACAGGAAGUGAAUGAGCUCCCUGUUUCCUGUUGGACCUCACUUUCUGCACAAGUGCUGACCUCUGCUUUGUGUGUGUGUGUGUGUGUGUGUGUGUGUGUGCGGUACGUGGCGCCCUCUAGCUGUUGGAGACGGUGAAGCGAUUCAUGACUCUGCGGGUAAAGAGCGAUAAAGAGUACGCCGCUUUGCUGCUCAGCAUGACUCAGCAAACGGAGAAACAGGAAACAGCUGAUUAUAUCAGCACCGUCAGCAAGGUGAGACACACACACACACACCUGUCCUCACACACACACACACACACCUGUCACUGUCGGUGCUCUGUCUCUGUCCUGGUUCCUGUCUCAGUCCUGGUUCUCUGUCUCACUUCUUGUUCCUAUCUCAGUCCUGUCUCAGUCUUGGUUCUCAAGUCUGGUUCCUGUCUCUCACUCCUGGUUACUGUCUAAGUUCUUGUUCCUGUCUUAGUUCUGGUUCCUGUCUUAGUUCUAGUUCCUGUCUCAGUUCUGGUUCCUGUCUCAAUUCUGUUUAACGGUUCUGGUUCCUGGUUCCUGUCUCAGUUCUGGUUCCUAUCUCAGUCCUGGUUCUCAGUUCUGGUUCUCUGUCUGAGUUCUGGGUCUCUGUCUCAGUUCUGGUUCCUGGUUCUUUGUCUCAGUCCUGGUUCCUGUCUCAGUUUUGGUUCCUGGUUCCCUGUCUUACUUUUGGUUCCUGUCUCAGUUCUGGUUCCUGUCACAGUCCUGGUUCACUGUCCUGGUUCUCAGUUUUAGUUCCUGUCUCCGUUUUGGUUCCUGUCUCAGUUCUGGUUCUCUGUCUCAGUCCUGGUUCUCUGAUAAAGUUCUGGUUCCUGUCUCUCAGUCCUGGUCUCAGGUGAUCCGGCAGACGGAGGCGUUGGGCCGGGUCAUGCGCAGUCAUGCCGACGACCUGAACUCGGGUCCUCUUCAUCGCCUCGCUACGUUGAUCCGGGACAAACAGCAGGUGAAGAAGAGUUACCAGAGUCUUCAUCAGCAGCUGGAGAGCCACACCCACAAGGUCAGGGACGCCCACAGACCGCCACUGUCCGCUACAGACCACCAGAGAGCGCCAUAGACCGCCAGUGUGUUUGACCUCCAGUAACUUUUCUGUUGUUUUUGUUGUUGCUAGGUAACCAGAAGUGACCUGGACAAACUGAAGACGACGUAUCGUCAGCUGAGCCGCGACGCUAACAGCGCUAAAGAGAAGUACAGAGAGGCGCUGUCCAAAGGUCCUGCCCUUCUCUGAUUGGUCCAGAGUUUAACAGCAUCAAAUCGGCGCUUUAUUUUGAAAAUCAUUAAACGUUGGAGCGCCUAAUCACUUCCUCUCUGCCAAUCACAGGCCGGGAGGCGGAGCGUGCUCGGGAACGCUACGACAAAGCGACGGCAAAGCUUCACAACCUCCACAACCAGUACGUGUUGGCGGUGUGCGGCGCCCGGACGCAGCAAGAUGAACAUAGAUGCCGCGCCGCCCCCGCACUGCUGGACGGAUUACAGAGGAUGCAGGAGGACAUGACGCUCGCCCUGUGAGUCACAUGACCAGACACGCCAACAUGCUGGAGUGCUACUCCGCAUUAAUGUGUGUGUGUGUGUGUGUGUGUAUAUGUGUCAGGGCUUGACACUAACUUUUUUCACGUGUUCUCCUCAGUUAAAAAAGCAAGGAGCACACAAAGAACUUUAGGGGAACAAUGAAAAUUGAUCAAAUAUGUUCGUCUUAUUGACCGACCUUAGUACUAUUAUUAGAAAUCAAUUUUAGGUCUUUGGUCACAUGACAUUGAAACUACUGACGGAAAACAGCCUUUUAUGAGAACAUCAACCGGUAAUUUAUUGACGGUCCUUUAUUCAACACCCAACGUUGACAGCAAGGGUGCUGAGUAGAUUUAACUGCGCUGCUGUUGUUAUUCCCGGUUAUGGAGAGUGAGAAGACAGCUGCAGAUCCUCAGUGAAUGUCCGUCAAAUAUCCAACCUAAAACUAAAUUCACCGCCGGAUUUACAGGAAAAAAAAAAACAUUUGUUAAUUUUUUUUUCAUUUGCACGUGACCCUAGAUACAUUUAACAAUUCACACACAUCUAUUUUUAGUCGCAGUGAAACGGUCGCACUGUCAAGUCCUGUGUGUUUCUGCAAUAAGUGUGUACUGUGUGUACCUUUUGCAGUAACAGUGUGUACUGUGUGUACCUUCUGCAGUAACAGUGUGUACUGUGUGUACCUUUUGCUGUAACUGUGUGUACUGUGUGUACCUUCUGCAGUAACUGUGUGUACCUUUUGCAGUAACAGUAUGUACUGUGUGUACCUUUUGCAGUUACAGUGUGUACCUUUUGCAGUUAAAGUGUGUUGUGUGUGUACCUUUUGCAGUAAAAGUAUCCUGGAGGAGUACUGUGACAUCAGCAGUCUUCUGUCGGAGGAGAUUGUCAAAGUUCAUCAGGAGAUCUCGGUGGCGGUCAAACAGAUCGACCCGCUCACAGAGUACCAACACUUCAUCGACACCUACAGGUUUGGACGGUUUUCAUGGUAACGCAGUCUUUAUUUUUCUUCUGGUUACUAUGGUAAUGGUAUCUGCCCCCUCAGGUCUCCAGAGACGCCAGAGGCAAGCGUGGAGUUCGACACGUCUCUGCUGGAGGAGACAGACAACCUGCCGGCCAAUGAGAUCCUCUGGAACACAUUGACCGCUGACAGUCUGCAGGCCAUGUGAGCUCCUCCAAAAUCAACCUAUCAACUGAGGACGCCAUCUUCAAUAGGCAGCAGAAAUCAGAAUCACAACGACUCAAUGAGAUCAGGAUUAACCAACAUCUGAAAAAGAUCUGAAUAAUUGGAGAAGUCCUGGAUCCUUGUGGUCAAUCUGUUUGUUUGUUUGUUUGUUUUUUUAUCGUUUAUCUGUUCGCCUUCCAGGUUGUCAUCCGCGACGGAAGAGCUGACGCUGACUCAGCAGAACCUGCUGACCAAAGAGGCAUUAGCGGACGACCUGGACGCCAAAAUCCAGACGAGUCAGCAGAGCACCGAGAGAAAGAGCGAGUGAGUCACCUGAAUUAGAACAGUAGAGGAAGAAGUUCUCUCUCGCUCUCUCUUUAAACCCUGUGUCUCUCGCCCUCAGCUGCGUCCUGCUGCUCAGUCAGAAGCUCUCUCUCCUCGAGCUUCAUCACGCCGUCCAAUCACUGCGCAGCUCUGAGGCACGCCUCGCCUCUCAGAAGGCCCUGCUGGACGCCAAGAUGGCCACCGCAGCCUCUCCGCCUCCACCGCCACCACCUCCAGCACUACCUUAUGAGGACGACGCCCGCUCCGUCAGCUCCACUGUAAAUGCCAACUCACUGAUUAACCAUUGGUCCAUCUGUACAGGAAGGGCUGUCCUUUCAAAAUAAGAGCACAAAGAUGACAAUCUGUGUGUGUCUGUGUCUGUCUGUGUCUGUUUGUGUGUGUCUGUGUGUGUCUGUGUGUGUGUUUUUCAGGAUAAGUCCAAAGAGAAAAGUUCUCGGUUCGAUACUCUCCGUCACUCUCUGGCCGGGAUGAUCCGCUCUCCUAAAGCCAUGAUAGGCUCCUCCUCCUCUGUGAGUCUCACCUGUCCGUGUGUGUGUUCGUCCGUCUGUCCGUUCUUCUGUCUGUCCGUCUCACCUGUGUGUUUGUGUAUGUCAUGUGACCUGCAGCAGUUCUUUGACGUGAUCCCGACUUCGGAGCGCCCCCUGGCAGAACAGGAGUGGUAUCACGGAGCGAUCCCUCGCACUGAGGCUCAGGAGUUACUACGGCAACAAGGAGACUUCCUGGUGAGAGAGAGCCAUGGAAAACCGGGCGAGUACGUCCUCUCUGUGUUUUCUGACGAACAGAGACGACACUUCAUCAUCCAGUAUGCCGACGUAUGUACACACACACACACACACACACACACACACACACACACACACUGACACACACACACACACACACACACACACACACACACUGACAAACACAUACUGAUACACACUGACACACACACACAAACACACUCACUGACACACACAGACACACAUUUACAUCCAUCAUCAGCUGUUUAUCCGGAGUCGGAUCGUUGGGGGGGCAGCGGCCUAAGCGGGGAAACCCUGACUUCCCUCCUCAGCCACUAAAGUCCCGCAUCUCCAGCAUGUCCUGGGUCUUUCCCGCAGUCUCCUGCUUGUGCGACGUUCCCUGGACGCCUCACCAGCAAGGCGUCCAGAUUAGAUGCCCAGACCACCUCAUUGGACUCCUCUCAAUGCUAUGCUCAGCCCCUCCCAAAUGACUGAGCUUCUCACCUUUGCCCUCAUUUAUCAGUCUUGCGCAGAUCUGAGCGCAGGAUUCAUCCCACGAUAGGACACGUGAGGUUUAUGAAAGGGUUCGUAUCUGACCAAUCUCAGCGUACGUAUGAUCGGGUCUUGAUGAAUGCGGCGGCUGCAAUCGAUCGUCAUUAACAUGUUUACGCCCUUGAAUAUUCGUGGAUCAGAAGCCUCACCCACUGAGGUCAAACAUGAAAGAGGAGAAAUAUUAGAAAGAUGCGAAACUUUUCCGAGCUGAAAGUGGAUUUCCUCACAUCUGUGGUGGAAACUAACGUGGAUUUAAAGAAUUAAAGCAGUCCAAAAAACUCAGUGGCUGAAGUUUGAAUAAAUCAUCAGUCAAUAAAUUGCUCAUGAUGAUAAUAUCUCAUACAUGCCUCAUUUUUGUUUAUUGGAAUGACAUAGGGUGCGUUGCUCGUAUUAUUGAAAGUAUUCAGUUUUUAAUUUGUUGCGUCUUUGUAAUGUAGAGCAGACUGGAGAGUCUGACAGAGGCUGAACAAAAUAAUUAAUAACCUCACCAAACGGUGUGUUGUUGCCCCUGAGGCACAUUUUUAUGGAUUUCUGUUGGAUUUUUAUCACUGAAUAAAUAGCAAGAGCACUUCCUAGCUCAUAUUGUACAUCAGAAUCCAUCGAGAAGGUCCUGUCUCCUCUGUGCAGCACCUUUUGUGGAGUCUCUCCUCGCUAUUGUUCUCUGGGCAUCGGAUCCUCACGUUGCACCGGCACAGCCAACGGCACUCCAUUCACCAGUGCAACAUUGUGCAAAACUGUAUCGGCCCAAAUGAUGUCCCGCACCCUUUCAGGAGUGUUCAACAACGUCCCCGCUGCUGGACCAAGACAGAGACACCUGCCUUUUUGGAGUCAAACGCAGCGCUCCACAGUGGCGCGUGUGCAUGUGUGCGCAGUGUUAAAACGGCGCUCCUGCUCUGUGGCAGUGUUUCUGGGCAGAGUUAUCAAAUAGACAUAUUCACUAAGGACAUAACAAAUUUAUUUUAUUUUAUUUACGUCUUAAUCUGUAAUGAAAUCUGUCUGAUUGUGCUAAAUGACAGGUUUGAGGUUAGUAUAUCAAUGGUUUUGAGACAGACAUUUGCUGCACCGUUGAUCCACACUGACUCAAACGAUGCACGAUGUCAGACCUGUUGUGAGAUUUGGUCGUAGCGUACGCUCACAUGCAGAUUGAUAAAUGCCGAUUUUCACUUACUGCCCCCUGGAUCAGUGCCUGUAUGUCAGGGUUUAGCCCGUUGGACCAGAGGGUGGCCUUCCAUUGCCUCCGGAUGGGGGGGGGCUAAUCCUGACUGUCGUUUGCCGCCACACAUUUGUACUAAUGCACACACACAUUAACACACAUUUAAACACAUUUACACACAGAGCUAAUUCAUUCAUCUGUAGAUUUAAGAUUUUCACUUUUGACCUUUAACUCCAUCAGAGACUCUGAGUUCAGCUGUGAUAAAAACAGUUUGAUGUUUUAAAUCAUUGAAAGUUCAUCUUUGAUAUAAAAGAGUUUAAUAAGAGUUUAAAGAGAAAAAAAGAUUAAAGGUUAAAAAUGUUCAUUUUAAUUUAAAGAGUCAGCAGGUUUGUGAAAAGUUGUUAUAGAGGAACAUCCAAACAGGUUAGCAGAUUUCUAUAAAAAAAAAAAAACCUCUAAAAUCCUGGACUCUGAAUCCUCCUCUCUAAAGACAAGAGGGUCCAUCUGUCUCAGCUCCUGGUCCAGAUCCAGGAUUCCUGAUGGUCUGGAUCUUGAGAGUCCAGGUGAAGGUUUCUGACAACUCCCCCCCCUUCUUCUGUAGGGUCUUUACCGGUUUGAAGGCACUGGUUUCUCCACCAUCCCUCAGCUCAUUGAACAUCAUUUCUCCUCCAAACACGUCAUCACCAAGAAGUCUGGAGUCGUGCUGCUGAACCCCAUUGUCAAGGUAACCAUAUGCGUUCACAUUUCUGUGUUUGUUUACGUGUAAACAGCUCAUCUGGACCCUCUCUGUGAGCAGGAUAAAAAAUGGAUCCUGAACCACGAGGACGUCACGCUUGGGGAGCUGCUGGGAAAGGUGACCUCACUUCCUGUCUCCUGUCAUGUCAGUCUGACCGUUCUAAACUUCAUGUCCCAACAUGCCCUCUGCUCUGCUGGUCACCAGGGUAACUUUGGUGAGGUGUUCAAAGGGACGCUGCAACGAGACAGAACGCCGGUUGCCGUCAAAACAUGUAAAGAAGAUUUACCUCCAGAGCUGAAGAUCCGCUUCCUGUCUGAGGCCAGGUGACCGCACACGUACACACACACACACACACACACACUCGGUAACUCGGCGUGGACAGAGGGCUCUACGUCACUUUGUCCGAACACGUUUACCUGGAGUUUCCUGAAGAUCCGGUUCCUGCUGGGACACGGAGACGGAUCUUGAUGCCUGUCCGUGAUUGGUUGGUGAAUCUCGAUGCCUGUCUGUGAUUGGCUGGUGAAUCUUGAUGCCUGUCUGUAAUUGGCUGAUGAAUCUAGAUGCCUGUCUGUGAUUGGCUGGUGAAUCUUGAUGCCUGUCUGUGAUUGGCUGCAGGAUCUUAAAGCAGUACGACCACCCGAACAUCGUAAAGCUGAUUGGUGUUUGUACGCAGCGACAGCCGAUCUACAUCGUUAUGGAGCUGGUUCCUGGUUGGUGGAGCUUAUUUAUCCUCCGUGAUCGAUGCUGUUACCUGAUAGGACGGUUCUGACAGGUGUGUGUGUGUGUGUGUGUGUGUGUGUGUGUGUGUCAGGUGGAGACUUCCUGUCUUACCUGAGAAAGAAGAAGGAUGAUCUGAAGAUGAAACAGCUGGUCCGAUUCUCGGUGGACGCUGCUGCUGGGAUGGCGUACCUGGAGAGUAAGAACUGCAUCCACAGGUAACCAACCACAGACCCCCACAGUCUAUCAGAGCAACACCUGCUCAGGUGGACGACCACUCAUACCUGAGGAAGGUAACAGUCUCACCUGUCGGUCUCACCUGUUGGUCUCACCUGUCUCAGGGACCUGGCGGCCAGGAACUGUCUGGUGGGGGAGGGGAACGUGUUGAAGAUCAGCGAUUUUGGGAUGAGUCGACAGGAAGACGACGGGAUCUACUCGUCAUCUGGACUCAAACAGAUCCCCAUCAAGUGGACUGCACCUGAGGCCCUCAACUACGGUAACACACCUGAGACUGACGCACCUCAGACACACCUGAGACAGAACACACCGGAGUCACACCAGAGACCAAACACACCUGAGACACACCUCAGACUGACGCACCUGAGAUAAACACACCUGGGACUGACGCACCUGAGGCCAAACACACCUGAGACACACCAGAGACACCUGAGACCAAAACACACCUGAGACACAUCUAAGACUAAACACACCGGAGAACAAACACACCUGAGACACCUGAGACCAAACACACCUGAGACUAAACACACCUGAGAACAAACACACCUGAGACACCUGAGACCAAAACACACCUGAGACCAAAAAAGCCUGAGACUAAACACACCUGAGACACACCGGAGACUAAACACACCUGAGACCAAACACACCUGAGACACAUUCCGUUAUUGGCUGCUUAUGUUUUGUCCUUUGUGAUUGGCUGCUGAUGUUCUGUCCUCUGUGAUUGGCUGCUGAUGUUCUGUCCUCUGUGAUUGGCUGCUGAUGUUCUGUCCUCUGUGAUUGGCUGCUGAUGUUUUCUCCUCUCUGAUUGGCUGUUGAUGUGUCGUCCUCUCUGAUUGGCUGUUAAUGUGUCAUUCCUUCUGAUUUGCUGCAGGACGUUACAGCUCGGAGAGUGAUGUUUGGAGUUAUGGGAUCUUGCUGUGGGAGACCUUCAGUCUGGGGGUGUGUCCUUACCCUGGGAUGACCAAUCAGCAAGCUCGAGAGCAGGUGGAAAAAGGUAAACACCUGAGGUCCUGAGGUUAAAGCUGCUGUGAGGAACUUUAGGUUUGUGUUGACACUAGCGCCCCCUUUGGACAAAGUCAUACCUGUACCUGUUAAAGUCGUAUUUAUAAACUCAAACCGACCUGACUGUGGGUGUGGUCUCAGUCAUGUGGUCUGACCUCUGACCGCACAGGGGUUUGAAAUGUUACUACAGUCCAAUUAUCAGAUUUUCUGCUGAUUACAUUUAUUUUUUUAAAUAAUCUCAGUGAUUUUUUUUUCUGAUUGUAAUCUAAUGUGUGACAAUUCUUAAAGGUCAGAAAAACACAAACAAUAAAUCAGUCUGUACUAUAGUCAUCAAUAUCAGAUCAAUUAAACAUAAUAAUAACAUAAUAAUCUUUAUUUCUUUGGAUCCUCAUCGUCCUUUUCCCCAAGUUUCAGCUCCCUCCGCGUUCUUAUCUUCCCACAGUACCACCGUCCUGCUUGGCCAUGUCACUCUGGACUCUCUCUCAUCUUUGAGUUCAUGUCGUCUAACACUAAGCAAUUGAAAAACUGUGUUUUACACACACACACACACACACACACACACACACACACAGGCUUUCUCUGCUCACACACGUGCACACACCCUCAUAUACACCAUGAUACUACUUUACAUGACGAUGUCAGGAUUCAAUCAGAGUUUGGACGAUUCAUUCAGCUGUGCUGCUGUCACCAUAUUGGAUCCGUCGUUAUGGAGACUAAGUUUAAAGCUGAAGUUCGUCAUGUUUUUAGACGUACGUUUCUCUUUCAUGGCUUUGGGUUGUUUUUUUUAGUGCUGAAAAAAGUUUGUAGUUUUUCCUCCUGAGUUAGCGACAGUCGUACGGAAGGUUAUUCACCUUUUUUAGCUGACAUACAUCCACACGACCCCCGGGCUGCUAGUCUUUUUUUUUUAAGCGUUCUGCAGUGUCAGCUUCUGUAGCAGCGUUAUGCCAUGAUGCGACAGAGAGCAGUGUUGACUUCCCUCUCUACCUGCUCCGCUCACUCGCAGGUCAGGUGAACAGAUCACAUGACCAGUCAAAUCGCAGCCUUUGCAGUUCGAUGUAGCGAUUUGAAUUUAUAAUAAAUGUCUGAAGAUUAAUAAUCUCAAAUUAUGACAUUUAUGCACUCGUUGAAAGGGGCACCACCCACCCUUAAUGGUGGGAAAAUAAAGAAAAACUAAAGUUUAAUUCAGAAAUCAAACAUCAAGUCAAUUUUAAAUUAAUCAAUCUCAUAUCUUAUGCCAAAAUUAUCAUUUCAGGGACUCCACUUCUGGAAGAACACUAACAGACAGGAGCUUAGAAAAAUAAUGAUCUGUUUAUUACAGGAUAAAUGAUGGUACAACAUACAUGCAAUAAAUGAUGAUAAGAUAAUGAGGAUAAAUAAUAAUAGGUGAAUAAAUAAAGAUUCUGAGUCGGGCUAGGAGCACUAAAGUUAAUGAUAGUGAGUGAAUAUGCGCUAACAUAUUAACCUACACUAACUUUGGUGUUGAGAUAAAUUUGGAUGUGGAUUUGGAGGAACCUAAGAUUACCAGAAUAAGUGGAUAUCUGAGUUAUGACCGCAUGAGACAGCAUCAGCCCUCUUUGGAGCUCUGGAGGUUUGCAUACUUAAGUGAGACUGGUCCUUGGAGGAGAUGGAGCAGGUUUCUGAAGGUCCGGGGCUACUGGCGGUCCGAGCAGUCCAGCUCAGAAGAUGACUGAAGUCAGCCGAAGGAUGGGCCAGGAGUUGUAGCACUCGGGCCCGAAGCAAAGCCGGCGCCUGUGGAUCCUGUGGAUGCUUGUUUGGACACUUCCUUGGUCCCACUCAAAAACUCUGGAACAGAGGAUGACUUUGGGCCUGCUGGGUUGCGUUCAGAGGUGACUUUGAAAUCACGCAGAUAACUCAGGAAAAACAGGCUCGAUGACCAGUGGAAAUUAUUUCAAAAAUGGCUUCGCAAAAUUAAAGAAAAAUCAAUUAAUCCUACAUCGACAAGAUUUAUCACAAUAUGUCGAUGCAACCGGACAACAAGCGGUCGAGAGAUCAACUGAGCUCGAGCGACCAUGAAGACUCGAGCAUUGCAGCCGACCUACUCCGCAUACGCGAAUCCAUGGGCAUAAUGGAGAAACAACUACAGAAGCUGGAUCUACUAAAAAAGCUAACAGACGAUGUAGAAGAAUUAAAACAUUCCGUGGAAUAUAACAACUCCUUGAUCGACGUCCUUAAACAGGACAACGCUUCACUUAGAAUGGAAGUUAACACUCUCAAAAAACUGACAGCUGAUCUCCAACAAAAGAAUCACAAAAUGUCGAAUGACAUUCUCGACAUGCAAAGUAGGAGCAUGAGAGACAAUAUAAUAAUCCACAGACUUCCCGAAACACAAAAAGAAACUUACCAGUCCACAGAGCAACUAGUGAAAACUUUCAUGAAGAGCACCCUAAAGAUGGAGGAAUGCGAGGUGGACGCCAUCCGGUUCUCCAGAGUACACCGGGUCGGACAAGCAGAGUCCUCCCGACAGAAGAGUCGUCCCAUAGUGGCCAAAGUUGUGGACACGAAAAUGAAAAUAUCCAUCAUGGGAAGAGGGAAAGAGCUACGCGGUACCAACUACUCCAUCAGCGACCAGUACCCACCGGAGAUCCUGAGGAGACGCAGACUGCUUCAUCCCGUCAUGACAGAGGCGAGGAAAAACAACAAGAAGGCUCGUCUGGUCACAGACAAACUUUACAUUGAUGGGAAACUAUAUAGUAACCCCGAGAUCACACACUGGCUCUUUGGAGGAGACACAAACACAAGCCGGUAACACUCAUGUCAACAGUCGCGGAUAACAAACGUCAUCAGAGCGACGCGUUGCCAUAGGAACUUAUCGCCGCGACCAGUGGGAGCUGCAGCAGAUUCGGCACGGUGAAGUCCCUUUUUUCUUUGUUUUGUUUUGUUUUUCCUUGUUUACCAAUAUAACUCGCUUUUUUGCUUUUGAAAUUGACUUUAAAAGAAAGCAGCUUGGGCACGGCUGGUGCACAGCAUAGUCCUUUUUGAUUUCCCUUUUUUUCGUGAUGUUUCUUGUUUUUUUUUCUUUUUUUUAUCUCAAGCACUGCAAGACCUUAUUUUUUGUUCGUGCACCCACCACACACACACACACACACACACACACACACACACACACACACACACACACACACGCACACACACACAUACACACACAAGUAUAUGUACACACUACUACCACUUCAUACCCUAUUCCCCCCUUCGGUCUUUCUUCUUCUUCUUCUCUCUCUCCCUACCUCUCUCUCUCUAGCUCUCUCUCUCGCGCUAAAUUAUGUCGACUAUUAAGUUUAUAAGUUGGAACAUAUGUGGAAUUGGGAGUCAGGCCAAACAGUUGAAAGUUAUUAAUCAUAUCCUCAAAAUACAAACCGAUAUAUGCUUAUUGCAAGAAACUCACCUAAGUUCUAUAAGAAGUACUGUCCUGGAAUCUACACAUUUUCCACACGUCUUUACUGCAAAUUAUAAUUCAAGGCAGAGAGGAGUUGCAAUUAUGAUUAAUAAUAAAAUUAAAUUCAACCAUAAUACUACAAUCUCGGAUCCGGAAGGGCGAUAUAUUAUUAUUAACAUAUCUAUAGAUAAUAAACUAUUUACAAUAGCUAGUAUUUAUGGUCCUAAUAAUGAUGACCCUACAUUUUUCCAUAACCUUUUCUCCAUUAUUAACAAUCUACCCAGCUCAGAUAUAAUUAUAGGUGGGGAUUUCAACACAACAUUGGACCCAGCAAUGGAUAAAUCAAACACAACAGGGAAGACCAGAAUACCUCAAUCCACUACAGUCUUGAAAGAAUACAUGGAGGAUUGUGGACUUGGCGACAGCUGGAGGCUAAAUCACCCCACUGACAGGGAAUACACUCAUUUUUCAAAAGUUCAUUGUACAUACUCAAGAAUCGAUUUCUUUCUCACUAGUAACUCUUUACAUUCUGAUAUUUCUGAAACAAAAAUUCACUCAAACACAAUCAGUGACCACUCAAUGGUCUCUGUCAAACUGCAUACCAAAACAAUCCUCAGUACUUCAACUAGAUGGAGAUUCAACACGUCACUGCUGGAGGACCAAGAAUUUAACAGUUAUUUUAAGAGAGAGUGGGCAUUCUUCAUGGAUAUGAAUGACUCCCCAGACACCCCUGCUACUUUACUCUGGCAAACUGGGAAGGCUGUCUUAAGAGGCAAAAUAAUUUCAUAUUCAUCAUACAAAAAACGGAAAGAUACGGAACUGCAAUCUGAACUGGAGGGAAAAAUUAAAGAACUUGAAAACCAGCACGCAAGUAAUCCUAGCGACCAUAUAUAUGGGGAAUUACAGAAAAACAAAAUGGAGCUGAGCGAUCUUAUAAACAAAAAAACAAAAUUUCUUAUAGAAAGACUCAGACUCAACACAUCUCACCACAGCAAUAAGUCAACAGCAUAUCUGGCAAAUCUGGUUAAACAAAAUAAAGAAAAAACAACCAUCACUGUAAUUAAGGAUUCAGCAGGGACAUCAUACCACAACCCAAAAGAUAUCAACAAUAUAUUUAAGAAUUAUUAUGAAGACCUGUAUACAUUACCUCAUAACCCAGAUACUCGAGAGAUAAAUACAUUUUUGAACAAUAUCAGUUUACCUCAAUUAACAUCAGAACAAACUAAUUCCCUAGAACAACCACUAACCCCAGGUGAAUUUCAAGAGGCCUUAAAUGAAAUGCAAAACAAUAAAGCACCCGGCCCAGAUGGCUAUCCUGCUGAAUUUUACAAGUAUUUCUGGCCCACCAUCUCCCCCCUCUUUUUCAGAAUGAUUAAUGAAUUUCAUACAACCAAUAGAAUCCCUCCUUCUAUGAAUACUGCUUUAUUCACUUUGCUUUUAAAGCCCGAUAAAGACCCCACACAUCUAUCCAGUUAUCGUCCUCUCUCUCUGAUCAAUACAGAUAUUAAAAUCAUAAGUAAAGUAUUGACAAAUAGGAUUGAAAAAGUAAUCUCAUCAAUUAUUCACCCGGAUCAAACUGGCUUCAUUAAAGGAAGGCAAUCAUCCCAUAACACUCAGAAAUUAUUUAACUUGAUGCAACUCUCAAACAAUAGAAAAUCUGAAACGAUAAUCCUCUCAUUAGAUGCACAGAAGGCCUUCGACAGAGUAAACUGGCAAUUUUUAUUUACAACAUUACAAAAAUUUGGUUUUGGGGAGUCAUUCACUAACUGGGUCAGAACUCUAUAUACCUCACCAACAGCCGCUAUCAUAACUAAUGGGUUAAUCUCACAACAAUUCACGCUUCACAAUGGUACCAGACAAGGAUGUCCACUCUCUCCCUCACUCUUUGCAAUUUUCUUAGAACCUCUUGCAGCCAGAAUACGACAAGAUAAUAACAUCAAAGGUAUUACAUCAUUAUCCACAGAACACAAAUUAAUCCUCUAUGCAGAUGACGUGUUGAUUCUCCUUCAAAAACCCCAUUCAUCAUUACCAGAAUGUCUCUCCGUCAUUAAAUCAUUUGCAUCUCUCUCCAACUACUCGAUCAACUUGAAAAGGGAAAAUAAAACAAAAGCUUCAUACACACACAUGCACACAUUCACAUGCAUACACACACUACUUUAAGAUACUGUUAACUGUUUUUGUUUCUGUCUUGUCUGUAUAUGUACCCACCAUCACUAUUUUUGUGUUUUUGUUUUGUUUUGUUUUGUUUGUAUGUUAUAUAAAAUAAAAUUUAAAAAAAAAAAAAAAAAAAAAUCAAUUAAAGGCUUAAUCUUGAAUUGCUAUGCGCACAAAAAAGUUUAAGUUUCAAAACUUGAACUAAGACGAUGUUAAAGAAAAAUCAACGUGAAUCAACACGUGGCGUAAAACUUAGAGGACUAAGAAAAAGAGCUAAGAGAAAACAAAGAAGAGGAACACAGAAGGGUGUGGACAGUGAGUGAAGAAGCAGGUGUAAGAGAAAGGAAUACAAGAGUAUAAGGCGGCCUGUGAGCAACCCCACUUUCUGGUUUUAUCUUCUCACACUCGGAGUGUCUCUGGCGUGUGUGUGUGUGAGGAGGAAGAGGAGGGGUCUUGUGUCUCCAAGCAGAGGAGAUCUCGGAUCUCUAAUUAUUUGAUCUAACUUAUACUUUUGGCUGGUAAAAGAGUCAGAUCUGAUACUCACUCACUAUGAUUAAUAUCAUUGAAUACUUGGUUUCAUGAAAAAGAUUUGAUACUAAACACAUGAAUGAAAUGUAGGAUCACAUUCAACAUUCUCAUUAUGUUUCAAGUAUCACAUUGAACAUGCUAAAUUACUCUGAAAUGAAACAGAUAGUAACACAGAGAAACUGUGAACAACAAAAGAGUAAACACGUGAAUGAACUUCAUCAUGAUUAAUAAUGGAUUCUAAAUACUGACAUUCAGAUUAUUCAGUGACAUUAUAACCACCAAAAGGUUAAAAAUACUAAAUAAACGAUUAGAAUAUAAGCCAAACAUUUCUAAACCAUUCCUGUUACUUAGAGUAAAGUUAUGAGACAUAGUCAAUAAAUUUAACUCUUAAAGGUUCAUGAAACAGUCUGAAAAGCUGUCGGUCUAAAGAAACUAAAGAAUAAAGGAUUUAUUCUGUCAGAGUGAUAACUCGGCUUCUGGAGCACAUAGAAAAACGGGAAACAUCUCAUUUUAACACAAAUUUCAUGAUUAGACAGAUUAGUUAAUUGCUGAAUGCAUAAGAUAUCAUGAUCAGUCAUUUGUAUUCUUUCACCAAAGGAAUGCAGUUUUUAUCAGUACAUGGUUGAGCAGGGUUUUACGACCGAGGUCUGGAGGUCAGUGUCCUGCUCCUCAGAGCUUAUCUUGGGGUCUGUAUGUUUAAGACAGUAAAUCUCAAAUGGGAGACCUGGAUUGAGGCAUGAAUGAUUAUUUAGAUGGUCAGCGAUGGCGUCAGUUUGAAAGGUAAUAAAAACUCUGUCUCUGUUCUCCGAAUUGACCAAUCGUGAAGAGUCAGAGGUUUGGUCAGCCUCCGGUCAUGUCAGUUAGGUAACCUGAAAGUGCAAACAAAUCUGGAAAGAUUUAUAUCCUGUGUCCUGGGACCAGACAAGAAAACUUUCCUGCGAGGAAUGUGUGAGUUUCACAUACAGGGUUGUCUUGAUUGCUACAUACAAUGGUCUUCAUUAUGUUGAAGGUCAUGAAGGGCCUAAGUUUUAGUUGAAAGCUCCUCACGGCGCCUUUAGAGUUUAACUUCUCCCUCCUUCCCUCCUGGUUGCUAGGUUACCGGAUGUCGUGUCCUCAGCGUUGCCCUGACGAUGUCUACAAAGUGAUGCAGCGCUGCUGGCAGUACAACCCCGAAGAGCGACCCAAGUUCUCCGAGCUGCAGAGAGACCUUGCCGCCAUCAAGAGGAAGUGACAUCAUCACUCAUCUGGCAAAUCUCCCAGAGAACUUUGAUGACAUCAUCACUCACCUGACCAUUGUCAGAGACAGAUGCAUCAGAAUUCAGCUUUUAUGGUUGUUAGGUGGGUGUGGUCAACAUGGGGGUGUGGUCAGCAGGUGCUGCAGAGACACUGAUCUGAAACUUCAAACAGGAAACAGCUGAUCGAACAGGAAACAGCUGAUGUCAGCAGGUUUAGAUUAACAACGAUGUACUGAGCAUGCUCAGAAAAAACACUACACACACAGAAACAGGUGACGUUAAAAGCCAUGAAGCUAAUGCUAACCUGUUAGCUUGGUCUGCUGAGAACACGCCCAUGACCGCACCUCCUCGUCCUCUGAUUGGUUGAAGAACUUUAAUCAACUGUUGGCUUAGCAACAAAUGCCAAAUAGACUGCUACAACAACCAGGCAGCUGAUUGGACGAGAGGAGUCACCUGAAAAAGUCAGAGAGAGCGGCCGCCUCUUCAAACAAAAGGGUAAUUUAACUCUUUAAAGAAAAAAAAAUAUCGUUUUAUUUAUUUUAAACUCUAAAUAAAAAAUUAAAGGUGCCAAAAGUUUCAAUAUAUAAGCGAAAACUAAAAAAACUGUCAUCAGCUAUCAGUUAAGCCGCCCUCACUACUGUAACCAUGGCAACAGCUUCAACACUAGAGCCCCCCCACCUCUGUCAGGUGAUCCACUAAAACCAGAAUAUCUCUUUUAUAAAAGUUUCUAUUUAUUAUAAUUUUACUUUUUAAGUUUCUUGUUAAAAAAAAAAAAUCAACGGACUUUUAUUCUGAAAAAACCCGCUGUCAAUCAUUACAUGAACCACGCCCACACAAGCCUUUGUUUGAUUUCAGGAAAUGAUUCUGACCAAUCGGAGAUUUGGUUUAAAUUUUUUAUUUUUUUUUUUUCUAAAAUGGUGAAAAUCAAAAAUCAGUUACUUUGAAAAAAUCCUCAGCACUUGUUUACAUCCUGGUAACCAUGGCAACUGCGCAACGUUAAAGUAGCUCCAAAACAUUCAAAAGAAAUCUAUUUUUAUGAAAGACACAGAAAUGAGUCCUGAUUAGUUAAGAUCACUUCCUGGACUGUAUGAGGGUGGAGCCUGCUGGUGAUGUCAGAACGCUGCCUACUGUCACUGUAAAUACACUAAAAAGAUUUUAUGAUUUUUCUUCAAAACUUUUUACAGUUUGUUUGCAAACACUAAUCUCUGUAUUUGAUAUUAUUGAUUUCAACUCUUUAUAAAAACUGUAUUGUAGCAUUUAUUAUGAAAAUUAAAGAAAUUAUUUGAACACUU